AUGUUUCGCUCGCGCUUCCCUAGGAUAGGGCGCUCUGUGCAGAAGAACUUCUUCAGGAGUAUUUCUCAGCAUGUACCGCCAUUGAAACAUGAUUUCACAAAUGGCAUUCCUGAAUUCAUUGGACCUCAAGCUUUCGAGCUGUCAUGGACUUCAUAUCAAAAACUCAUGGUGGACAAAUUGAGUGAUGCUAUAGCUGUCUGCGAGAGAGUUUUGUUAUCUGGAAAUACAAAUUGCGUGGUUCCCUCUCAAACUGCGUAUCCCACGACACAACUUAUAACUGCUGCUACAUUCCUUACAAGACAACCUGUAACUGACAAUUUUAAAGGAGUACCCCAUCUCGAUGGAAGACAACCUAAAGAAAUCGCUCUUAUGUGUGCGCGAGAUCCAGACCAGGCGGCAACUUUCAACUAUGCUUCCAUGGCAUUCAAUAACAACUUCUUUUUCAACUGCCUCCAGCCCAAUCCAGCUAGCGAACCAGUCAUGUCAGAGAAACUCCGAGCCGCCAUCGAGAACUCUUUUUCCUCAGUCGAUGGACUCAAAAGAGAAUUCGUCAUCACAGCUAGUAAAAUGUUUGGACCCGGAUUCGUCUGGUUAAUGAAGGAUAGAUUCGAUCGACUUUCCUUAAUGACUACAUAUUUAGCGGGCUCACCAUUUCCUGGUGCACAUCAUAGAAGACAACCAAAGGAUAUGAAUACCGAAAGUGAAAGUGUGACGGACUUUUACAGACAGAAGUUGGCGGCACCACCUGUAAACACAGUAGGAGCACAUGGACAUUUAAGCAAAGAGAGGAAACCACCGGGAGGAAUUGAAGUCACACCCAUUCUUUGCGUCAAUACAUGGGAACACGUUUGGAUUGCCGAUUAUGGAAUGGGAACUGAUGAUGUAGGAGGAAAGAAGGUUUAUGUUGAAAAUUGGUGGAAUGUCAUUGAUUGGAGUGUUGUGGCGGAUCUUGCAGCUUUAUCUGGUAACUCGGCUUCAAAGCUUGAGAGGAAUUAG